AUGACUGUUGGAGAAAAAAAUCCAAACAAGACAAACAGAACCGUCUUACUGGUGGGAGAAACAGGAGCAGGAAAAUCUACACUGAUCAACGCUCUGCUCAACUACACUAUGGGAGUGAAGUGGGAGGAUGAAGUCUGGUUUACGAUGGUAGAGGAGAAGAAGAAAAGUCAAUCAGAAGGACAGACAGAAAGUCAGACAUCAGAUGUGAUCGUGUACGAGAUCUUUGGUUUUGAAGAUGAAACUCUGCCCUACUCUCUGACCAUCAUCGAUACUCCUGGUUAUGGAGACACCAGAGGGAUCGCAUGUGAUGACAUCAUCAGUCACAGAUUGUUGGACUUGUUUGGAUCAGAUGAUGGAGUCCAUGAAGUUCAUGCAGUGGGUUUGGUCAUGAAGGCAAGUGAUAAUCGACUGGGUGACCGACUGUUGUAUGUCUUUGAUUCAGUGAUGUCUCUGUUUGGAAAAAACAUGGAGAAAAACAUUGUAGCUCUGAUCACACACUCAAAUGGAAGAAGACCUGAAAAUGUUUUUAAAGCUCUUGAAGUUGGAAAUAUUAAAUGUGCCAAAAAAGGGAAGAAUCAGCCAGUUUACUUCCUGUUCGAUAACUGCCAGCAUGGAGAGCGAAGAGAGGAAAACACAAUUUCAAAAAAUACAUGGGAAAUCACACAGAAAAACAUGCAUCAGUUCACAGACUUCUUAGAAAAAUCUGGUCCUCAAAAACUGAUGAGAACAGUUGAAGUGUUAAAUGAUUGGAUAAGACUGAAAGCCUCCAUCCAAAACCUCAAAGAGAGGAUAGAGUUUAUUGAACUGAAACAGACAGAAAUCAGACAGAUUCACGAAGCUCUGAAGAUCCAAGAAAUUAUAAAUAAACAUGAAGUAGAGAUGAAGAAAAAUGAGGAAUUCACUGUAGAAGUUGAUGAGCCCUAUAAAGAUAAACAACCUAUUGAUGGUGGGCAGAGAUUGUUGGUUUUUUAUAGAGGAGCUGUCUGCUGUACAGUCUGUGAGGAGAACUGUCACUAUCCUGGAUGCACAAUGGCCUGGAAACCUGAACACUGUAAGGUCAUGAAAGGAGGUCGCUGCACUGUUUGUACUAACAAAUGCCCUGCAUCAGAUCAUGUGAAAGAUAAGUGGAGAUAUGUGACCAAGACAAGGAGGGUAAUGAAGAAAAAUGAAGAAAUGAAAAAGACGUAUGAGAAGAAUGAGCUAGAAUGUGCGCUGGGGAGGAGUAGAUUAAAAACUCUUACAAAGGAAGUAAAUGACCUAACAGCAGCUGAUUCAUCCCUGAACAAAGAAGAAAUGCAGCAGAAAAAUGAAGACCAUCAAAAAGAAAGUGAGAAGAAGUGUACCCUGUUAGAAAAUCUUGAAAAGGAAAUUAUCCAACUGACAGCCGAGAAGUCCCAGUUCCUGGAUGAGUCCUACCAACAUGUUGUCAGACUGGAGCAGAUCGCUCUGAAAGCUGAUUCAGCAUCCACUGUUGUCCACUUGGACUUCCUGAUUGAGAAGAUGAAGCAGAAAGGAGAUACAAAGAAGGUCAAGAAACUGGAGAAGUUGAAAAGGUGA